UACGCGCUAGAGAAAAAAGAAAUCGGAUCGAGAACCAUUGUCAGCGUUCAGAAGGUUUUGGGGGCUUUGUUGGGUCGAAUUUACGGAGCGGUGAACCGAGGCAAAAUGUCAUGCAGCUACGCGGACGGGCUUUCGCACUACGAAAACAAAGGAGUGCUGGGUGUUGAGGAGCGAUACGACAGCGUCGAGGCGUUACGACUGAAAUGCGGCCUUCUCGCCGAGUGGAUACAAGCGGCACGUCACGUCGUUGUUCACACCGGCGCCGGCAUCAGCACUGCAGCGGGCAUUCCGGAUUUUCGAGGUACAAAUGGAGUAUGGACAUUAGAGCAGAAAGGUUUGAAGCCAACUAUGAAUAUCUCCUUUGAUGAAGCAAUACCUACAAAAUCUCACAUGGCAUUGAAAAAAUUAAUAGAAGCCAAAAAAAUUAAGUUCAUCAUUAGUCAGAAUAUUGAUGGCUUGCAUCUAAGAUCAGGAGUACAGAGACAGCACCUUGCGGAGUUGCAUGGUAACAUGUUUACUGAACAAUGUGAUAAAUGUGGCAGGCAAUUCAUUCGGAACUUUGCAACCAAAAGUGUGGGCAAGAAAUCGCUAGACACUGUGUGUAGGUCUGAACAGAUAGGCGGUCGUCCAUGUCGUGGCCGCAUGCACGACACCAUCCUCGAUUGGGAACACAACUUGCCGGAUAGUGAUCUGACAUUGUCUGAUCUACACUCUAGUGUGGCGGACUUGAGUAUAUGUCUAGGGACGACGUUACAAAUUAUUCCCAGUGGUAAUUUGCCUCUGUACACCAAAAAGUAUGGAGGUCGUCUUGUUAUAUGUAAUCUACAACCAACAAAACAUGAUAAAAAGGCGGACUUGAUAAUUAACGGUAAUAUUGAUGAUAUAAUGAUCAGCGUGAUGAAAAAAUUGGGUCUAGAGAUCCCAGAGUACGAGAGUACAAUGGAUCCAACACGGAACUCCGACACAACGUCCAAGGAGAUGGACUGGACAAUACCGACCAGCAGAGUAAAAGAGAUGAACGUGCUGUACAAAAAGGUAUGCAAGCCAAUGAAAAGGAAACGAAAGACAUUCAUGUACGAGAGGGAACGGGCGGAUGCUAAGCGGGAAACAAAGCCGAAGAAGCAGGCAUUCAUGAUGAAAGAGGAGAUAAAGGAGGAAGAUGCAUUGAACUCACCCAAUGUAGAAUGCAACGAGCCGAUGGUCGGUCACAUGAGUAAUAACCCGGUGAAAAUCGAGGAGGACAUCAAGGACCAAGUGGAACCAUUCGAAUUCACGACGGAGAACGUGUCUCAACCGGAAAUCGGUUUACAAGUGAAUGACAUACUGUAGCAUGAAGAUUUUAACAUAUGGUGAUCAUGACGACCUAAUUAAUACUCCG